AACAAGUUUCAAGGCGGAGUCCAUUCUCCUUUUGACGGCAGACCGACCGACCGCCGCCGAGUUUCAAAAGUAAGAGAAAUCCCCCAAUUCUUGUGGCGGUGGCGAGUGGCUUGCCGGCGGCCAGGCAAGCGCAGACGAAUUUAAGACAAGAAACUCCACCGACUCUCGUGGCUCGCCGGCGGCAAGAUGAGCGCCGACGAAGCCCGCCAAAUGUUCCAAGGAAUGCUCAUCAGCCCGCCGCCCGUGAGCGGCGCCGACCGCAUCAGCGCCCUGCCGGACAACGUGCUCCAGGACAUCCUCUCCCUCCUCACGGCGCAGGAAGCCGUGCGGACGUGCGUGCUCGCCCGGAGCUGGCGCCACCUCUGGAGGUCCAUCACGAGCCUGCGCAUCCUCAGUCCAGAUACUGCAUGGUAUGAUAUACUGUCAGACGACCCAGAGCCUACCCGAGACCUCUGGAAGUUCGUGGACAAUCUUCUCAACCUGCGUGACAAGCGCACCGAGCUGCACACUCUCGACAUCAAGUUCGGUCAAUUCUCGGAAGAGGACCUGCCCUAUGUGAGCCUAUGGAUCCGUUCUGCUGUGAUGUGCAAAGUUAGUUCGCUCACCUUCCACCACAUAGGUCCAUACCUCUGCCUCGACGGCCUGCAUCUUGCAUCCCGGCAUCUCAGAACAGUACACCUUGCAAGUGUAGCCCUAAUAAAAGACAGCUUUGUUGAUUUUGCUAGCUGCCCAGCGUUGGAGGAUUUCAAGUUGCACGAGUGCAAAAUCUGUUUUCUUGGGAUAUCAUCUACCUCGCUGAAGCAUUUGAGCAUCACUGGCUGCAUUUUUUGCCAUGACUCGCACAGCAGACUCCAUGUUUCUGCUCCGAGCCUUGCUUCGCUGAGACUAGAGGCUCUUAUUGGUAUUGCACCGAUUUUUGAAAACAUGUUGCUGCUAGAGAUGGCAUGCGUGAGUCUUGGAGAUCAAGGCGCAGAUAUUUGUUGCAAUGUUUUUAUGUCUGGUAUUCUCUGUCGAGCUGAUAAUGCAUGUCCUAUUUGUGCUGAUUACCCUGCCGAUUAUGUGCUCCUGGCUGCUAUCUCAAGUGCCAGGCAUCUGGAGCUGAUAUCUAAACCUGAAAAUUUCAUUUUCGCAAGAGAUUUGGAACACCGCCCUAUAUUUAGCAACGUAAAGACUUUAUUACUAAACGAGUACUGGUGUGAGGCUCCUGGCUGCGGUCGACUAGCUCGCGUUCUAAAAAACUCACCAGUUUUAGAGAAGCUCACUCUUGAACUUUUCUCUGAGGGACCAGAUCAUAAAAUUGAAAUGAAAGGAAGCUACAGGACAAUGGAAGGACCGCCUGCAAUAUCUGAGCACCUUAAAAUAGUCGAAGUCAAGUGUAAUGCUGUCGACGAGAAAAUUCUCGAAGUUUUGAAGUUUCUGCGUGCAUUUAAUAUCCGAUUUGGUUCUGAGUAAGGGCAAGAAGAUCUGGGUUGGCGGUUGAUGUGCUAUCUCUUUCACUAUUCAGAAAUGCAAGGAAGCUUAAGCAUAUAUGCUAGGACAGUGUUUCAAUAUCUUCUGUGUGUGCAUUUUGUUCCGAUUCACUCAGGGACUUGUACUGUAUAUGUAACUUGUGAAAUCUAGAGCGGCUGUAGACCACAGAUUUAUUAGUAUCAUGUAAUCUAGGCCAUCCUUUUAUGGAUGGUGGGAGUAUAUAAUUCUGGCUGAACUUAUUUGGCUCU